UAACCCCAAAACGGAAGUUAGCCCAACGGAAAAAAAGUUGAAAGAAAAUGCUUUCCUGCUUCGUUCACUGACAACAGCUGUUGUCUUCUUUUAACACCAUCGCUAUAUUUACGGAUUGUUAAUACUUUUUAAAUAAUUUUAAUUACGACCAGUGCAAGUGACGAAAGUGCGUUUAAACCUCGGAGCGCGCCAAUCACUCCGCCUCGGUUAGCUAUGUUGUCAUGUUAAGCUAAGUGGGGCUCAUUUCGCUUGUUUUUAUGUAUUCAUUCUUUUAUUCAAUAUUUUUUGGCGGGGACGUAUGACCUUAAAUGGAGGAGCACAAGGAAAAUAUUGAUGGCAAGGACGUGAACGUCAAGACGGGAAAUAGAGACGACGACGACGAGCAGAUGAAGCCCAGCAACACCAUGUGUCCCAAAGAAGGAGAAACUCCUCAGCCGUCCAACAGCGACUUCAGCCACCCCGUGUACAAGGAGAUCGCCUUGGCCAACGGUCACAUCAACCGCAUGUCCAAGGAGGAGUUGCGUCUCAAGCUGUCUCAGCUCAAACUGGACACCAGGGGCGUGAAGGACGUGAUGAAGAAGCGACUGAAGAGCCACUACAAGAAGCAGAAGCUGACGCAGUCAGCGGCCGACUCCGGGCCGACAGACCUCUUCUAUGACUACAUCUGUGUGGUGGACUUUGAGGCCACGUGCGAGGAGGACAACCCACCAGACUUUCUGCAUGAAAUCAUCGAAUUCCCAAUGGUGCUCAUCAGCACGCACACCUUGGAGAUUGUGGGAACGUUUCAGGAAUACGUCAAACCUGAAUUGUACCCGACGCUCUCAGAUUUCUGUGUGAAGCUCACGGGAAUUACGCAGGACAAGGUGGACGCAGCCAAGCCGUUCCCGGCCGUCCUGAAGCGAGUUGUGAAGUGGCUUGAGGAGAGGGAGUUGGGUACAAAGUACAAAUAUACGUUCCUCACAGAUGGGGCGUGGGACAUGAGCAAGUUCCUCAACAUCCAGUGUCGCGUCAGCCAGAUCCGAUACCCGCGGUUUGCCAGGAAGUGGAUCAACAUCCGCAAGUCUUACGGCAACUUCUACAAGGUGCCGCGCACGCAGACCAAGCUGAGCACCAUGCUGGACAAGCUAGGCCUGCAGUAUGAAGGCCGCCCCCAUUCGGGCCUGGACGACUCGCGCAACAUUGCCCGCGUCGCGCUGCGCAUGCUGCAGGACGGCUGCCAGCUGCGCGUCAACGAGCACUUGCACGACGGCCAACUGGUCUCCGUCCCUAGCUGGGCUCCCAUGGAGGGAGCCCCGCCUCCUCGCUGGCCGGGCACCCGCAAGUAAGGGGACGCACGUCCACGUUGCCAAGAGUGAGGGUUUUUUUUUUCCCUUCCUUAAUGCCAUCUUGACGCUUCCGGGAUCACACGCCGGCACAACACCAGCACAGAGUGAGUCCACAUGUGAUGCUUCUACAUGUCCAUAAAAGGCAGUUAAUUUGUUCAAAAUGUGAGGAGUAAACACUGUUGCUGUUGGGGUUUUUUGUAUGCUCUCUUUCAACAGGAAUAAACACUGCUGCUAAAGUG